UCGCCGCACUUAAUCCACUCUGAUCACCUCCCAUCUUCCUCCACUACACUACUUUUGCCUUCAUUCUCGAGAAUGAAAACAAUCAUGGCUAGAAACCCAAAUGAUUCCUUCUCUUUCUCCAGAAGGUACUUUAACUGGAGAAAGAAGAUCGAAGAAGGAGAAGACGACGAUCGCGAGGAGAUUCUCACUUUCCACUCCGAAUUACCGGACCGGAGGCUCCCGGAGCUUGAUUUGGCGGUUCCCCGGCCGCCCAAACCGAACCGGAGGACGGCGGUUUCCAAGAUCCGGUCCGCUCUUACUUUCGGCGGUAAGAGGAGAACCGGAGAAGUCUCGUCCGGUUUGGGCACCCGAGUCGUCGGCACCCUCUUCGGCCACCGCCGUGGCCACGUGCUUUUCGCGUUCCAGGAAGAUCCCAGAACCGGACCGGCUUUUCUGGUCGAGCUGGCCAUGCCGACCAGCGGUCUGGUCCGGGAAAUGGCGUCCGGGAUGGUGCGGGUGGCGCUGGAGUGCGAGAGGCGAACCGGGAAAAAACCGGGCAAGAUUCUUGACGAACCGGUUUGGAGAACCUACUGUAACGGCCGGAAAUGCGGGUUCGCCGUGAGAAGGGAAUGCGGGCCGGACGAGUGGAAGGUUUUGAAUUCCAUCGGCCCGAUUUCGAUGGGCGCCGGCGUCUUGCCGGCGAAAGACUCCGACGGCGUCAAACCGGACGGCGGCGAGCUGAUGUACAUGAGGGCUAAGUUUGAAAGAGUUGUGGGGUCCAAAGACUCUGAAGCUUUCUACAUGAUGAAUCCAGAUGGCCAUGGAGGUCCAGAGCUCAGCUUCUAUUUACUCAGGGUUUAGUUUAAUUAAUUAGUAAUUAUUAGGUAAUGUAUUUUAAUGGGUAUUUAUUUUGUUAAGCUUGAAGUUUAUAAAUAUAUAAAUUAAGUAUGUAUGUAGUUAUGGUAGUACGUACUGUGGUGGGUACUAUGAUUAGUACUAUGAUUUUGUAUUUUGCAGUGUCAUGUUUUUUGGCAUGGGGGAUAGUAUCUAUGUAUAGAUUCUCCCGUCUCUUUUGGUAAAAUGAAAGACAAAUGUAAGCAUAUUUGUCUGCCCAUUUUGGGAGUACAAAAUUGAUGUUUCAAGAUUCUGAUG